GUGCGUGUCGAAUUACUAAAGGAUAGAAAGGAUAUCAUUUCAUAUCAAUUUUGGUUUCAUACAAGGAGAGACCGCAACACUAUUUAAGCUGAUUGCGUUUUGAUAACAAAAUAAGUAACAGAAGCCAACCGAAUACAGGAAAGGAUAGCAUUGAUGGCGGCACAUGUUUAACGUUUUUGAAAAACCAGUUUAAUCUGCCAAUAACAACUCUCAACUCCCAACAAAAUCUAUCCAAAUCGUAGCACAUAAAGCAGCACAAUCACACAUUUUGUACGUGGCGCAUUUGCGUCCAGCAAUCCGCUCCAUACACAAAUCCCAUAUAGCCAGCAAAAGCCAGCCAUUCAACCAAAUAGACAGUUUGCCAUGCAUGUCUACUGCAACAGCACCAGAGCAGCACAAUACAGUUGUGUUGUUGGCGGCAACCACUUGUCACUUGGCUAAGGUGGCAUACAAAACCAAAUUCAAAUCACAGUCGUCACCCUUGUCCAUGUAAAGGAUUCGUCGUCAUUCUGCAUGGUUGUCAUGUGGUCACUUGUGCUUUGCAAAGUGUUGUAGACAGGCGUUUUAUCAAACAAUCUUAUACACACAUAUCUACUUGAACAUACCUAAAUACUAUUGCAAACAUAUAAACAAAUAGACCAGUGGACAGUGGAUAGUGGACAGCGGACAGUGUGUCUGUUAUACGUGCAGCAGUGCGAACGCCCUACAGGCUAACUUCUCAGUCUGUCAUUUUGGAUUGUCUGCAUAUAGGAGCAAACUGAAAAGCGCAAAGGAAAAUAAAAUUGCAAAACGAAGUGUUCGGUGCCAAGGAGUGGGAGUCACAUAUGCUGUACGGCCGAUAACUUUCAAAGAAAAUUCCAUUUUAAAUUGGCUUUCGAUAGUCUCACUCACAGCAGUGGCAGAUAGUAUCAAGUAAAAGGACAUUUUAAAAAAUUUUUUAUCUGCAAAGACUUCAACUCACUUUGCAUCAAUAACAAAUUCAGCUAAAAAGCAGUACACUUCAUUGGAUUUACGUAUCAUAAUGGCAAAAUUCUGGAUCUGCCUUUGGUGCACAAUCGUCUCUUGGUAUCCACUUUUAGCAAACGGAUACCUAAAUGUGUUCAUUAGUCAUAAGGAGGUUAUGAAGCUAAUGGGCUUGGAAGCGGAUUUAUUUUAUGUUCACGAGGGAGCAAUAAACACAUACGCAAUGCAUUUCACCGUACCUGUGCCGGCGGAUGUACAUGAUCUGGAAUUCUCAUGGCAGAGUCUGACAACAUACCCGCUACCUUAUGCCAUUACCAUAGAGCUCGAGCACGAGCAGGAGGCUUUGGCGGCACCCACACUGAGUAUACCAGACAAGGGCUUAGUGCCGUCGCAAAUUGAAACAUUUUUGGUGCAUCUGCCCUGCACAGGAAACGCUACCGAGCAAGUACCACUUAGUGUCAACAUGGUGGUACGUGGCCCACCACGGACUAAUGAUACAAGAUUGCAUUUUAAACGCAAUAAAGUUUGCUUAAAAGGUAUGUUCCCAGCACCAAAUCAAUCACCGGCUCCUGCACAUGCACCAUCGCAGGGUCCAGCACUGUUAGGCGCUGCAGCCUGUGCAUUGGGUUUGGUAUUAGUGGUUGGCUUGAUUGCAAGUGCAAUGUACCUGCGUGCACGUAAACAAUUACGUCAGGAUUCUUUGCACACAAGCUUCACAACCGCAGCUUAUGGUAGCCAUCAAAAUGUUUUUAUACGUCUUGAUCCGCUAGGGCGACCACCCAGUGCUAACAGUGGGUCGUACGCAACUAUAGCUAGUCUUAAUAAGUAUCCCUCAGAUACUAAAAAGUCCUGCAGCAUAUUUGAGCGUUUUCGUAACUCACCAACUCCUUCGCCAUAUGCAACAGCACUACUGCCGAUGGGUGAUCAAAUCACCGAAACAAUUUAUUCCAAGCCAGAAUCGAUUUGUCCCUCGAGAAUAUCGUACUAUGCAUCAUCACAGUUAACCCAGGUGUACAGCAUGUCCACACCGAAGAGCAGUCAUGGCAAUGCUAGCAGUUUUGGUGGCGCUAGCACUGGUGGGCGCAGUGCUGAUCCGAAAGAGAAACUACGUCGUAUACCGAGUGUACAGCCAGGUGCAUUAAUUUGUCAACAUCUCAUUAAGGAAGGCACAUAUGGCAGAAUCUACGCUGGCAAAUUGGGUGACUCUUGUGAUGUGUUGAUUAAAACUGUUGUUGAUGGGGCUUCACUAACCCAAGUAGCAUGUUUACUACAGGAUGCGUCAAUGCUAAUUGGAGUCGCUCAUUUAAAUGUGUUACCACCUUUGCUAGCUAAUACUGAUUUGCCAGGACCACCAGAAAUUGCAUAUCCAUAUCCGUCCAAGGGAAAUUUAAAAAUAUUCUUACAAAAAUCACGUGAAAUGAACUCCCCGUUAAGCACUCGUCAACUUGUGGAAUUUGGCUUACACGUUUCCAAAGGACUGGCACAUCUUCACUCAUUGGGUAUAAUACACAAGGACAUUGCAACUCGGAACUGCUAUUUGGACAUCGACGCUCAUGUUAAAAUUUGCGACAACGCUCUAUCACGUGAUCUCUUUCCCGAUGACUAUCACUGCGUAGGAGAUAAUGAAAAUCGACCACUUAAAUGGAUGGCAUUAGAGUCUCUGCAGAAGAAAUACUUUUACACCACAUACAGUGAUAUAUGGAGUUUGGGUGUAUUUUUCUGGGAAUUAGCUACACUUGCAAUGCCACCAUUUGAGGAAGUAGAUAUUUUUGAAUUGAUGCCAUAUCUCGCAGACGGAUUUCGUUUGGGUCAGCCUAUUAAUUGUCCAGAUGAAUUUUUCACUGUCAUGUCCUGUUGUUGGCUUGUAGAACCAAAGCAACGACCAUCAUUUCCGCAGCUCGUAGCUUAUUUACAAGACUUCCAUGAAGACUUGGGCAAGUACAUCUAAGCUAUUCGCAAUAGUGUAUAUGACACGACUGAAGCUGCAUUUACAUGCGAUUGUUUCACAG